AUGGGCCUGGUCUUCAGAGAAUUGUUCUGUCCCCUUCACACUGUGAAAGCUUUCAUCAAGUUCUACACAGACAUAGGACCUAUUGGACCAGAUAGAAACUGGAAGGGCAUCGGCAUCUCCCUGCUGGUUAUUGUGGCAGUGCUCUCCCUCAUUGGUCUGUCCAUCAUUCUGCUGUCAAAAGAUGAUGGUGGUAAACCCUUCGGUUCACAGUUGACACUAGAUGACCUCUUUCAAAGAAACUUCCAAAUACAUGAUCCUGAAGCAAAGUGGAUCAGUGAUGAGGAGAUCAUCUUUCGGAGCUGGGAUGGAGACAUUAUGAAAGUCAGCACGCACAGCAACGAGACAGAGCUCCUUCUGAAAAACACAACAUUUGCAACUUUUAAGGCGUCAAAGUUUGCAGUUUCUCCAGAUCUGAACUAUGUUCUUCUGGGAUAUGAUGUCAAGCAGAUCUUCCAGCACUCGUUUUUGGCGUCGUACCUGAUCUACAACCUGUAUACAAGAGAGGUGCGGGAGCUGAAUCCUCCGGAGGUGUCCGAUUCAGUCCUCCAGUUUGCCUCGUGGGGAGUUCGUGGUCAGCAGCUGAUAUAUAUAUUUGAAAACAACAUUUACUACCAAACGGAUGUUCAGAGCAGCUCGUGGAGGCUCACGUCUUCUGGACAGGAGGGGGUCAUCUUCAACGGCAUCACUGACUGGCUGUAUGAGGAGGAGGUGUUGCACACGCAGGUGGCCCACUGGUGGUCACCUGACAGCUCCAGACUGGCCUACCUCACCAUCAACGAUUCCUUGGUGCCUAACAUGUUCCUGCCCCGGCUCACAGGCUCUCUCUACCCCAGGGGGAAGGAGUACCCUUAUCCAAAGAUGGGACAAAUCAAUCCCACCGUCAGACUCUAUGUCGUCACUUUGGACGGCAGCUCCCUCACAACUGAGCUGAGACCUCCUGACAGUUUUGAAAAGAGUGAGUACUACAUCACCAUGGUGAAAUGGGUGUCACAUGACAGGCUGAGUGUGCGUUGGGUGAAUCGAUCUCAGAACAUGUCAAUACUUUCACUGUGCAAUGUCGCAACAAGUGACUGCACCAAGAAACAUGUGAUGACAUCAGAGAAGUGGCUUGAUCUUCAGAAUGAGGAGCCAGUGUCUUCCAAAGAUUGCACAACGUUCUUCAUCACUAUGCCCUUAAAACAAGGCGGUCGCGGGACAUUCAACCAUAUCACCAUGAUCUCUAACCAAUCUGAGGGUCAAGAGGUCAACCUCCGCCAUCUGACCUCAGGCAGCUGGGAAGUCUCUCGAAUUCUGGCCUAUGAUGAGAGCACAAACUCAGUUUAUUUCCUAAGUACAGAGGAAGGCUCAACGCAACGGCAGUUCUACAGACUCUCCACACUGGAUCCAUUUCAUAAAGAAUGCCUCACCUGCUCUCUCUUCAAAUCAAAGUGCACCUCCUACGACGCCAUCCUCAGCCCAGACUAUCAACAUGUUCUCCUCAACUGCAGAGGUCCUGGAAUACCUCAAACUACUCUUCACACACUAAAUGAUAUGAACAAACACAAGACUGUGGAAAUGAACACAAUAUUAAGACAUGCGCUGAUCAACAGGAGGAUACCCAAGUGGGAAAGAAGAACCGUACAAAUCAACAACUUUGCACUUCGUCUGGAGUUGAUUGUGCCAAUAGGUUUGGAUGAAACAAAGGAGCACCCGCUGUUACUGAUUCUUGACAGCACCCCCGGUGAUCAGGCUGUGACUGACCGCUUCUCUCUCGGCUGGGACUCGGUGCUGGUCAGUUCAGACAGCAUCAUCGUGGCUCGUCUGGACGGCCGGGGCAGUGGCUUCCAGGGUCAGAGGAUCCUGCAUGAGGUUCACCAGAGACUGGGAACCGUGGAUGUUCAGGACCAGAUCACAGCUGUAGAGCACCUGAUCAGACUACCUUACAUCGAUGGCAACAGAGUUGGAGUUUAUGGAAAGGCGUAUGGAGGAUUUCUUUCCACUCUCCUGCUCCUGUCCCACAGCUCCAUGUUCCGGUGUGGCAUUGCUGUCGCCCCCAUUACAAACUGGAGACUCCAUGGGUCGGCCUACACUGAGAAAUACUUUGGCUCCCCGGCAAAAGAGGAUCACAAAUACCAAAUUUCCAGUCUGCUCAGAAACAUCACAGCGCCGAGUCCUCUGGACUUCCUUAUCAUCCACGGCACAGCAGAUGCCACUGUUCAUUUCCAGCAUUCUGCUGAGUUGGUCAAACUGCUGUCUGCGUCGAAUGUUAACUACACUCUCCAGAUUUUCCCAGAUGAAGGACACAAUAUGGCCUCCACCAAGAGCCAACACUACAUGCUAAACUCAGUGCUCACCUUCUUCAAGCUCUGCUUUGAGGAGGAGCAGGUUGUCGCCCUGCAGAAAUCUAAUGAGCAUGACUAA